UACGGCGUGCAAGAUUCGCGUGCAUCCGUCUCCAUGCCACGACUCGCUCUUUCGUUCCAUCUUGUGGAGCGGCGAAAGGGAGACGCGCUAGUGUUCACGAAAUCUCGCGAGAGCGGCCGCGUGGCUGGCUGGCUGGCUGUGAGGUUGCAGCAGACGGAGAGAGAAGGCAGGCAGGCAUCAUGGCGGACAGAGACAGUGGAAGUGAGCAGGGAGGAGCGGCUACGGGCCCGGCUCUGAGCUCCAUGCACGCUGUGGCAGGAGGGGCGGGCUCGGCUUCCGGCCUGCAGCACGACACACAGGAGCUCGCGUCCAAGCGCGUCGAUAUCCAGAACAAGCGCUUCUACCUGGACGUAAAGCAAAACGCGAAAGGCCGCUUCCUAAAGAUCGCCGAAGUGGGGGCCGGUGGCAACAAGAGCCGCCUGACGCUCUCCAUGUCGGUGGCCGUCGAGUUCCGAGACUACCUCGGGGACUUUAUCGAGCACUACGCGCAGCUGGGGCCCAGCAACCCAGACGCGGUGCAAGACGAGCCGAGGCGAGCGCUCAAGAGCGAGUUCCUGGUGCGCGAGAAUCGGAAGUAUUACAUGGAUCUGAAGGAGAACCAGCGCGGCCGCUUCCUGCGGAUCCGACAGACGGUAAACCGGGGGCCUGGCUUGGGCUCGGCGCAGGGCCAGACCAUCGCGCUGCCGGCGCAGGGUCUCAUUGAGUUCCGCGACGCGCUCGCCAAACUUAUCGAUGACUACGGCGUGGAGGAUGAACCUGCCGAGCUGCCAGAAGGCACGUCGCUCACUGUGGACAACAAGCGCUUCUUCUUCGACGUGGGCUCCAACAAGUACGGCGUGUUCAUGCGCGUGAGCGAGGUGAAGCCCACGUACCGCAACUCGAUCACGGUGCCCUACAAAGUGUGGGCCAAGUUCGGAAGCACGUUCUGUAAAUACGCCGAGGAGAUGAAAAAGAUUCAAGACAAGCAGCGGGAGCGGAGGGUGUGCGAGCAGCAACAACAGCCGGGAGAGAUGCACCCGGACGAUGGGGAUGAGGAUUGAUAAUGAGCGGAGUGUUGGGAGGGAGUAUAAAAUGCAAAAAAAAGAAAAAUACGAUCAAAACAAAGCGAAACGACGCGUAAAACGAACUUUUUACUGUACAAACGAAAGAAACGUAAAGAUUUAACUGUAACGGUUUAACUCCAAGGGGCAGUAAGUAUCCACAAACAUACAGCAAACCUCCACAAGAUGACCGGUGCAACUCGUACCCCAUCACUGGACGUGAUCCACUUACCCACCAUUAAUACAGUAAGCGGCUGCUAAACAGAGUAAUAACAUUAUAUAUGAACUGUGUUUCCUACUUGACUACACAUAAAGAACUGAGUGUUUAUUUCCCUUAUUAACCGAGAACUUUUAUACACGUCAAAAAUAUUAUAAUUACAAAAAAGUGUUUGCAAUGUUCAAAUGGAAUUAUUGCUGAAACAUGAAACAACCAGUCCUUUACGUGUAAGCUAAUAACUUCAGCACAAAUCAGAUGGUUUUAUUUUAUGUUCUUUUCUUUUUUUUAAAAACUAAAAUUUAAAAAUUCUAUGUAGAGGCUGUCAUGGUAACCAUGCCACUCAUAUGUUAAAAGCAUCACCGGAAGGCCAAUCAGGACGGUGGAGGUCAAAAAGUGAAAAUGCCAAUCAGCGUAGAAGACCGUGGGUACAGGUUAACUUUGUUAAAGGUCACAUUGUACUCACUUGUACUAGAGAAAGCAGUCUGGUUGUUGGUCAUCCUGUUCGAUUGCACGACGGUCCUUUAAACGGAGACCAAUGCACAAGAGGCGGCCUGUAGAGUUUAACCCCAGUGUGUUUUUAUCCAUUGAAAAAUUGUCAAGCAGAUGAGUAUACUAUGUAUUUGUGUCUUCUUGUCUUGCGAAUUGUAUAGACAAGUUCUGAAACUUACUUUAAACAAGGAGAAGCAGUGACAACAGAAAGAAUACUUUAAAAGUUUUGUAACGAACCCUUUCCCAAAACCAUGAGGCCCCUGAAUGAAGGUGCAAAGAAACAUGAAAAUGUUAGCGUAAAAAAAAAAAUAUAUAUCUAUAUAUAUAUACAGAGAGAGUAUAAUUUUGUGAGUCAGCUGUAUUUCAGUGCUUACAGAGAAGAUAAUACCCCACGUUUUUAGUGGGGGAAUUAAAUAACAAUCUCUAGAAGGAUUUAAAUAUUAUAUCAGUCUACCAAUGAGAGUAUGAGUGGCGCCAAGGAAUGCUGUUGUUGCAUGUUAACCUAUACACAGCUACAUUGAGGUGGAUUUCUCAAUGUGUGUCCUCAAGGACCUUCUAUUUAGUGAUUUCAUAGACAAUGUCCUGUCAGUGAUGUUUGGUCACUUAGUGGAUAAAUAAUUUCAGUUCUUCAUGUAAAUACAGUAUCGAUUCCUUGACUGUUUGGUCAUACAUGAACGACAGGUCUGUGGCAAUGAAAUCUUACUCUCUCUCUCUCUCAGGGGUCCUUCCGGACCUUUGUUGGGGAGAGUCCUAGUCGGACAUACAAGGGUCUGCAGCGAAGCUGAAUUACGUUGGUACGUUCCAGUUUUGAGAAAUGCAGAAGGAAAAACUCGGAAUGGCGUGCGCUUGUGUAACUCUCAGAAUCCAUGCACUUCUUGACAAAGCGGUACAUCCUACCUCUGAAAAGAUGACAAUAUUAUAAAAUUAGUGACAGAGUGAUUACUUGCUCACUAAGGAAACAAAGCAGUAUCGGCAUUUUUUGUUUAGAAUUAUUCAUCCAGCACAGUUUUGCUCAAAAUUUCUGUCUUAAUGCCUCAGCACAUUUAAAUUUCCCAUUUAACUGAUUUAGAUUUGUAUGUUGCAUAUGUCCUUUUGACACAGGAAGUGACCUCAUGUUGAUUUAGGUAACAGCCGGUAGCAUUGAUCUGCCACUCCCCUGCCAAAUUUAAACAAAUCUGACAGGAGCUUAGAGAACUAGUUUAAAAUGGAGAAGAAAAGAAGGAGAAGAAAAGAGGGCAGGAUUUUACAUGCAUGCCAUUUCACUUUCAAAUCCUAGAUGAUGAUGAUGAUGAGACGGCACGUUUCUGGAGGUAUGGCACGUGUUUCAGCCGAGGUUGAGCAUCAGCAGGGCUGAUCGUGACGAUAGAGAAUUGCAGGGUCUUGGAGGCAUCAAGUGAUUAGUGAUGGGGUGAGUGGCAGGACUUUAGCUAUAUAACUAUCAACAUUUGUAAAUAAUUUUGUUGAGGUUGUUACUCAGAGUAGAGCAAGGCCCAACUCCCUAGGUGGUACAUGUAUACAGUUCCAGAGUGUGUUUUAAUUGCAUGAUCAUCAGUAAAGUCGAGAUGUUUGUCAUCACUCCAAAAUGAACGUUUUCCCUAAAGCUAUUUUUGUGGGUUAUUUUCAGAUAAAGUAUUGUAUUUGGCAACCAUAAUAUUAAGGGACAGACCCAACAAGUUCAGAAGCACCAAUUUUGAUUUGAGCACUGUGUGGAGACAAUAUCCAUAAGGGCCGUGGAAAAAACAAAACCACCUUCACUAGGUUACAACCUCACCAAUUCAUGUAGGCCGUAAUACAUGAACGAUCAAGUUACACGCUUAGCCACGUAGCGUGUUCGUCAAUAGAAUUAACUCUGCAACCAUUGGCAUGAAGUGCAACCAAAGCGUGAGCACAAUUUCCAUUUGCUUUACUACAUUCUCUUGUUUUUGGAAGUCGGCCCAACAUCAUCCUUUAAGGAGGCCUUUAAGAAUGUAAAGUAUUUGAACUUUAAACAGUAAAACAAUGCUGAGAAAAAACACUGCUGAAAGUUCCUGUGAGCUGCUCUGUACGAUUGUAACCGAAUAACUCAAAUUUAGUAAGAUGCAAGCCUGCAGUUUGGCCAUAUCCACACAAGCUUCUAUUUCAGCAAGCAGCAAGGCUCAAAACAAGGACGCACGACAGUCGUAAAGCCCGACCGUCGACUAUUGCGUGUCCGACUAGGAGAGACGACUUUAAUGUUACUUGUUGGGGAGCAUACUCUUCAGCAUUGGUGCCUUAUACUCCACAUGCUUACACGCUGGCUGGUGCUCUAGAUCAAAGUUUGGGUUCUUGUCUUUCCUUUAUCUUGUUUCCCCCUGAGGAUUAGUUGGGCAUACUUUCCUCAUACACCAUUGCCUAACUUUUGUUGAACUUGCUAGGUGUCCUAAAGAUAAUAUGGGCGUUUCACACAUUCUAAAGCUCCUGACCCUCAGCCUUUCCAUGACUAAUGACUCAGUCUCUCCCUUCCCACGCUGUCAUUGAAUCGCAUCUAAGCAUCAGCCCACAUGUAAACUCAGACAUGGGUUGGUAGCCUUGAAAACGCAGUACAGUCUUUUCACCACUCUUUACAUGUCAGACUUUGGGAAGGGGCAAACAGGAGGCUAGGUUUGUAGGCUAGGUUUGGCUUGGGGUGCCUAUUGUAAGAUUGUCCGGCUCACAGCUCUAGAUCUUUGGCAGCAAUUUGUCAGUGGCUGAAUUCCUCAUUUACAAGGUAUGGCUAGCACAUCGUGCCCCCCCUCCCCCACCCCAUUCUUUGACUUUCCACAGCACUUGUCAUGGCUUUUUCUUUUCUUUUCAUUACUGUGUGCAAUAUAAAAUGUGCCAAUGGUGGCAUUAUUAUGUAUAUCAAUUAAAAGACAAGGAUUAAUAUUUGAAAGCAUGUGGCUGAAUUCCACAUUUCUUUUUUUGAGGUUUGAAAAGCCUUUAUCUGCACUUCUAAUGUUAAGGUCUGGGUCUAGAAGAGGGGAAACAAGCGUACAGUAAUUAGCAAAAUUCACCCAACCAACACAGUGCAGUUAACUAGCACUUUUAGAGAUCAUCUAUAUGCUCCAUGUAAAUGUUUCCAUUUCUCAGAACAUGGGAAAGGAGGUGGAGCAGGAACGCUGAUUGGUCAAUUACAAACUGGUACUUGUGUUUAAGCCUCGGGGCAGAGGCAUUACAAACAUUAAUACUCCUCAAUUGGUUUCUAUUCAAUGGGAAGGCUUGAAUGAAGGUGUCUGGUGGAGUCCUCUGUCGUCAGUGCUUGAUGUCAGUAACACAUUGCUUUCCCAGCUGGAAAAAAUUCUGACCAAUCUUUGUUUGAAAAUCUCUGAACAAGGAAUGUCUAGUGCAAUUUCACUUUAUUUUUCUUUUAUCUUGUGUUCCUUCCCUUUGCAAGAAUGAUUACUGAAUAACAUGUUUGGUGGUGAUGCGUCAAAUAUAAUUUAUGUACAUUUUACAAAUUUUAAAAUAAAAGAAAUGUUAAUUUACCCACAUCACUAAAAAAAAAAGAGUUUAAUUUUCAACAAAAA